GCGUCGGGCACCAAUACAAAAAGCCCAAAUUAAUAGCAUUUUCCCGCUUUUCCCACUCUGAAGCUCUCUGUGAGACAAAUUCCGGUGUAUGUAGUCUCCUGAAUCCUUCUGGUGAUUAUGAAAACUUCGAAUCUUUGCAAGAGGAAGCUCAGGUACCUUUCGAUUCCUCAUCUCUCUAUUUGCUCUAUUUCUUCUCAAUUCUCCCUUUCACAUUUAAUUUUAUCUUCUCCUACUAAAACCCUAGUUUCACCAAGGCUAUUUGGAAAUUCAAUCUGCAGUUCAUCUUUCAGAAACCCCACUUUGGAUCGCCCAUACUCCUUGAUUUCCACAUCUGGGUCUUUUUCGUUUUGUUCUGAAACUUACCCAUUUCCUCAUUCUCUCUGCUUGUUUAAGUAUAAUGGUUGUAGAAGUUUGUCCUCAUUCUCCUCACACGGCUCGCCUUCUGUUAGAUCUAUGACAUACCCAUAUCUUCAAUCUUCAAAUUGUUUUCGUUUCAUCGGAUGCAAGGGUAGAUAUAAGGAUUAUACGAGUCAAAGUUUUAAUCUUUAUUUGUUAAAGCCUAGAGCCCAUGAUUGCUUUCAUUUUUAUUCAAUUUCAUCUAUUGCUGCUUCUCAGAAUAAAAAAUCGCAUACUGAUGAGCUUAGACCAGUAGCAACUCGAAAAGAGGUUUUUAAGAUUAUUGGUUUGCUAAGAAGUAACGAGUAUGAUUUGGAAUCUAAGUUGAGUUUGUUGAAUCUAAGACUAUCUAUCACUUCUGUGACUCAGAUUCUUCGAGCUUUGAAUAGUAAGAAAAGGUCUGCAUUGCAUUUCUUUCAAUGGAUUAGACGUCGGCAGCCAGAAUUGGAAUUUAAUUCUGACAUCUGUAGUUUGGUUAUUGAUAAUUGUGGUCGGUUAGAUGAUUAUGAUGCUAUGCUAUGUCUUUUGAAUGAUUUCAGUCUGAAGAGUUUGUCCCUAACAAAUAAGGCAUUCGGGUUCUUACUUUCUACUGCGACAGCUGAGAUUCUGCUGAGGAAAUCAACGCAGAGAGUUAUUGAUAUAUUGGGUGAAGUUGGGGGGACAUGUUAUCGCACUGGAGUUUACUCAUUGAUUGAGAUGUUCAGUGUUUUGGGAUCUUUUAACAUGGCAAAGUUUGUGAUUGAGAAAACAGAGAGGAGGUUGUCUUUCUACAGUAUUUUGAUUAGAGAAAUGUGUAAGAGAUGUGAUUUUCAAGGAGCACGAGAUGUGAUGAAUGAGAUGAGGAAGGCAGGCUGUAAUCCAAGUCCCCAAACUUACAACUAUAUAAUUAGCAGUUUGCUAAAGAAUGGUAAAAAUAAUGAUGCCUACGAAUUAUUUCUGAAAAUGAAAGAGAGCAACUGUCCUCCUGAUGCAUUAACUUUUGAGAUAUUUAUAUAUAACUUUUGUCGGGAAGGCAAGUUGGAUGUUGCUUUCAAGUUUUUUGAUGAAGAGGUUGCAAGGGGUCUUGAACCUCGACUUUCAACACAUGCUGCCUUUAUCAAGGGGCUUUUCAACUCACAACAGUACGAAGAGGCAUACAAAUAUGUUUUGGGUUCAGAUGAUAAGCGCUUAAGCUGUGUGAAUUACAGCUUGCUUGCAAGCCUCCAUCAGAAAAGAGGAAAUGUGGCUGCUGCUGAAUAUAUUCUUUCUGAAAUGAUGAAAAAGAGUCUUAGACCUCAUUUUAAUCUGUAUAUGAGAGUUUUAAAGCACCUACAGAAGUCAGGAAGGAAAAGAUUAGCUGCAGAAUUACAAGAGAAAUUUCUGCAGCUUGAUUUAGGAGCUUAGUGCAGAAUUCAAAUUUUGCAGGAAUAAAGCUGAAGAAUGCCUCUUUUUCUAUUAUUUUCUUACGUACUUUUUACCUAGAAUGCCUUCCUAUUGACUCUGUUGGCUCUCUUGUUUUUGCCCUUCAAUUUAAUCAAUUUCAAGUUGCCAGUAGUGGGGAAGUAGCCAGAUAUCUACAUUGAGUUGCAACCUUGCAGCUCAAGCUGCAAAGAUAAAGGAAGAAAAGAGAAAAAUGUAAACAAGUAGAUGAUAGAUUGAUUCUUUCCCCUUCGAAUUUUGACGGGCGUCUUUCGACUUUCCUGCAUAAUGUAUGUGUUGCUUGGAGUUGUGAUAAUCUAAUAGUGACUACUUCCUUUCACAGUCAGUUCAGUGUAGGCUGCAGGUAUCUUUGAGUUUCUGAGUUAUUUCUCAGCAGCAACAACUGCAAAUAGCCAACAGAAAUUUGGUGCCUUGUUGAUCAUCUGGCUGAAGCCACUUCUUCAUCACCUCACUCAACAGAAGCACUUCUUUGGGACAGAAGUCAUUCUGGUCUGUGUGUGUGGUGAUUCUAGAUCGAAGUGCAGUGAGAAGUCAUUCUGGUUCAUAUCUCUUGCAUUUCUAACAAAUCAAAAAAGCGUAAUUUUAUUAUCAAUAACUAUUAAUUAAUUU